UCAGAGUGAGGGGCAGGCCUGCUCUCGGAGGCUAUCAUUUUUACCCUGGUGGUUAACAGUCCUAAUGAGUGAGAUAAUAUGUUUGUAAACCCCUGUUAGCAGCAGGCAUAAGACAAGUGUUGGGUAUUAAUCCCGCACACUGGUGGGAAAUGCUACUCAACCAUUAAUUAGGCGGAUGUGGGCAGAGCGCACCCACCAGAUAGCCCCGGUGCUGAGAGAGCUUCCUGUCUGAGGGUGACGAUAUGGCCCCUGCCUUUGGAGAGCCCCAGUCUGAUGGAGGAGACAUUCUCUGUCCUGGGAAGUACCUCGGCCCAGGGUAAAGAGUGUUCUUGCAGACAAGAGUGCCUUGCAACGCGUACAUUUACUAACCGUCUGUGAGGGCCCUUGGUGUCUAUACUGAGCUAUACUGAGCACGGGAGCGGGAAGCCCGUGGCUGCCUUCGGAGCAAGGUACGCGGUGAUCACAAAGCAGUGUGACCGUGAGACGUGCAGGGGUCCCUGGAGAAGCAGCAUCAGGGACUGUACCUGGAGGUCAGCUCUCUGGGUUUCCUGGGCACAUCCCACGGACAUGCAGCUUCUAGAGCCGCCACUUGAUUUUACUUUCUUAGCCCCCUAGGUCAGACUGUGCCUUUCUUUCCCUUCCGCCCCCUUCAUUACGCUGCGUUCGUACUGGGUGCUCUUGUGGCUCUUGUCUGGAGGGCACGAGCCCCCCUACUCUCCCCCCUCAGAUUGUCUAUUUCCAAGUCAUUUGGGGGCAGAAUGGGUCUCCAGCUAAGUGGGUCUGGGGCGAAGGGAGUGAGGAGGAUGGAAGGACCAGUGAGAAUCAGAAAGCCAGCCUUGGAGGGCUUCUGGAGGAGGGGAAAGAGGCUGAUUUCAGUCAUGAGAGCCAGGCUGUGGGAGGCAUAAACGCUGGGCUCUCUGAGGGGUCCGAGGGGGAGGAGGAGGCAGAGGUGGGCCUAUGCCUGGACACGUCACCUUGGGCUUUAUAAAACGGACGUGAUCAGGCCACUGCUGAGCCCAGCUCCCCUCUCUGUGGGUGUUCACCCUCCCAAGUAGCGCCUGGAGACCUCACUGAGCUCCGACCCCACCGAGCAGAGCUGAGGUAGGUGCACGGGGUGGGGUGGGGGGCGGAGGGCAUCCACACUUGGAGAAAGGUCUGUCCAGCCCCAGUGAGGAUCUCCAGGGAGGAGCAGGAAUUUCCUUCUAAGACUGACAAACCUAUCCCAGGCAGGCAAAAGGGGGUGCUGAUCUUUCCUGAUUAUCACAUUGGCCAGAUGAUUCUGGGGAUGUCUCCGUGAAUAACCUGACUCACGUUUAUGAAACCAGGACCUUGGGGAUCCCUUACCGUAGAAGGAAUAAAGAUAGUGAGUGAGCUCUGGCUGGGAUGAGAGGCCACAGAAGCAUUUGGAGGGAGCUGGGGAACCCCUCGGGGCUCAGGAGUCCAUAGGACUCCUCCAAGCAGUUCUCCCAACGUAUGGAUGGCUUCUGUGCUGGGAAACGAACUGAGAGGAGUUAGAGGAGUGUGUGUGUGUGCGCACGCGGGCGCGCAUUCUCACCUGGCCAGGUGGUGAUUAUCAACGAGGAGGAGGUGCUACAGCUCGGGUGCUCCCGGCCCUAGCCGGACUGUGGGACAGCUCCCGCGCCCCCUGCUGGAAAUGCCUGCCUUAAUCCUGUAUUCAAGCCGCCGAUCCGAGCUUCUUCAGAAACUCAGCUCCGGAGCGCCCCCUGUGGCAAAGCCGCCGCCCCGCUCCGGGAUGAGCUCCAAGGGCUCCCCCAGCUCCCUGGCCUCAGGACACUGACAGGACCUGGGCCUCCUCACCACGAUGAACUCACUGGUCUCUUGGCAGCUGAUGCUUUUCCUCUGUGCCACUGUCUUCAGGGAAACAUUUGAAAAGGAGGCACCCAUGGAGAACCCUGGACUGACAGGCCAUCGGCUCGGACCCCAGGCCCUCCUGGCCCCGUGGGAGCAGAGCCAGCGGUGCGCGGAGAGGAAGGCAGCCGGGGCUCAGUCCAGCCCGCGGGGGGCUUCGCUGUGCCCGCCUCCCGAGAGCCCCGCGGGGCCCCAGCGGCGGGGCCUGUGCGCCCCCCGCAGCCGCCUGAUCCCCGCCCCCCGGGGCUCAGUGCUGGUGCAGCGGGAAAAGGAUCUGUCCGCCUACAACUGGAACUCCUUCGGCCUGCGCUACGGCAAGCGGCAGACUGCGCCCCCCGCGAAACUGGGCGGGGGCGCCUGGCGUGGCUGAGCGCGGGGUGCAGGUGGAGGGGCCGUGAACUUCAAACCCGGCCUAGGGAACCGGGCUUGCGGGGUUGGUGGGCGGGUAGGGCAGUGGGAAGGGGACUGGAGUUUCCGUCCGGAAGUAAUAAAGGGAAAA